GCUGAACACAUUUCAUUUGAUCAUAAGUCACGCCACAGUCUUACAACAGGGCUUUGUAAGACGUUGAUAUAGCAGCAUGGACCCAAAAAAAAAGCAUAUAAAGGCAACUGAUCUCGGGAUGACGAUUUUGUUCAAGAUUUGCGAUGCGUAUUCUGUGCGCUGUCGCUCUAUUCGUCUCACUAUCAUGCGUCAAGGCUGUAUCUUUUCAAUCACCACAAGCGCAAUCACAGCUCACACCAGGCACGUCCUUCCAAGUCGUAUGGGGUUGGGAUAGUCCACCGAGAGCCGACGAUGGUGCGCUUGAUAUUUAUCUUGUCAGAGAUUCUGCAGCGACGUCCGUAGUUUCGCAGUUAGUGACCGGAGCACUAAUCUUAUAUUCAGCAACAUCCGCCACCAUCCCUACUGGUACCCCGGCUGGCCAAUACUACCUGCAAUUAAGCGUGACCAGCGGUACGGAAAAGAGUGCUAUCGGUGGACCGUUCAACGUCGCCACCGGUCCUACCGUCGUCGCCAGUAACAGUACAAUCACCACGGUUACAGUAGAUGGUGCGACUGUCACCACCUAUGUCGUUCCAACCGUGAGUCCACAAUCUGAUACCGCAGCACCAAGCACACAACAGGGUCUUGCCGGCGGUGCGACUGCAGGCAUCAUUAUUGGAGCUUUGAUUGCAUUUGGAGCUAUCAUGGCCACUUGGUUCGUAUGGUACAGAAGACGUCAACAAACCAUUCAUCGAGAAAUGGCAAUGAACAAACCUUUACCUGGUUUACGACAUCCUUCACAAGAUCCUCACCAUUUCACUGAAUACAACCAUUACGGGACUGACCACCCACUGCAUUCAUCCGUCAUCCCAUACGGACGCAACAACGGUGUAUCUCCGCUCUCCGAAUAUCCGGUCAGUGUAGGCAACCAGACCAUGCCAUCAAGUGAUACACAAUCCCACUACCAACGGCACCUUGUGUCCAUCCCAAGUGUAAGUAAUCAGAAUUCGCACACAGGAAGCGGCGCUUCCACCGUGCGGCAAUACCGUUCCUCCCUUGCUGCUGGGUCGUUUGGACCAGCCACACACUCGUCAGGAAGCUCAACCGCUUCCCCACCACGAUCCACCGACACCGCCAUCUAUCGUCCUGUCGUUGAGCAAGUCACGUAUUCUCCUCCACAUACUCCCAGCUCGCCUGUAUUAUCACCUUCCCCACCUCCUAAAUAAUUGUACACAUCUUUGUGCCGCGGCAGUUACGACAGUCGAUGAGUUCGUACUGACUUUCGCAGCAUUCGUAAAUACCGAACAUCCAUCCCAAUUUAGAACGAAAGACAUUUGAUGAUAAAACAUUGUAUUUCAUUGGCCUUGAGCAAUAGCAAUAAAAAAAAAUCUUGCAAAGGUGAUGCAAUUGCGGUCCGCAUCGACUAAAAUGCAUAGCAUUGAAAGCAAGCUUGUUUGACACAGGAAG